AUGUACAUUAUACUCAGUCUUCCUUUUUGCUUCUUCUCUGCAAUUUAUCAUACCUUUGAAACAAAAACCCUCUACAAAGAAACCAAUCAUUCCUUUCUCCAAAUCCCAAUGGCUGAAAUUGUUGUUAGCGCCGUCAUCACGGUACUGUGUGAGAAGCUGAUCUCUGGUGACUUGAUGAAGCUCGCUCGAACAGAAGGAAUCGAUUCUCAGCUGCACAAAUUGGAGAAAACAUUGCCCCUGAUCAAAGCUGUGCUUGCUGAUGCAAACCAGAAGCACAUAACAGAGAGAGCUGUUCAAUUGUGGCUGAAUGAUCUCCAGGAUUUGGCUUACGACAUUGACGAUAUAGUAGAUGAUUUGGCCACAGAAGCUCUGCGACGCAGUUUGAAUCAAGAAGCUCUUGCCAUCAUCCCAAAUUGUUGUACUACGUUCACUCCUGGCAACAUUAUGUAUGGUCGGAAGAUGAGGUCUGAGCUAGAUGAGAUCACUGCAAAAUUGCAUGAUCUUGUUGACCGGAAAGAUGAUCUGGGUUUGAAUGUGAGUGUUGAAAGGUCAAAUAUAACAGAGAGACGUUUGGAGCAAACAUCACUAGUUGAUGAGUCUAAAAUCAUGGGUCGGGAGGGGGAUAAAGAAGCAUUGCUGAAGAAGUUGUUGGGAAAUGAAGAAAGUGAUGAAAAUGUGAGCAUAGUGUCGAUCGUUGGUAUGGGUGGAAUAGGCAAAACCACUCUUGCCAAAGUUUUAUACAACGAAGAGAAAGUGAAGGAUCACUUUGAACUCAGGGCAUGGGUUUGUGCUUCUGAAGAGUUGGAUGUAUUUAACAUCAGCAAGGCUAUUUUUGAAGCUGUAGGUGGGGAUGCCAAAAGGUUGUCUAAUCUUGAUUUGCUUCAUGUGGCCCUCAAAGAAAAACUUUUAAAGAAGAGGUUUCUACUUGUUCUAGACGAUGUCUGGAACGAAGACCAUAAUAAGUGGGAACUCCUCCAGAGCCCUCUUCUUGUAGGGGCACCUGGAAGCAGAGUUCUUGUCACAACCCGGAGCACCAAGGUUGCAUCGGUGAUGGACUCAGAAGAAGCUUUUGAUCUGGAGGUUUUGUCAAAUGAAGAUGCUCUAUCAUUAUUUGCUAAACACGCGUUAGGUGAGAAAAACUUUCACAAACAUCCUACACUUAAGUUGCUGGGGGAAGGUAUAGUGAAGAAAUGUGGUAGACUGCCGUUGGCUUUGAAAACACUUGGGAGGGUCUUGAAGGGAAAUAGGAAUGCUGAUGAAUGGGAGAAGUUGCUGAACACUGAGAUAUGGAAUAUAAAUGAUGGAAGUGAGAUUCUUCCAGCUCUAAGACUAAGCUAUUAUCAUCUCCCUUCACAUUUGAAGUUAUUGUUUGCAUAUUGCUCCUUAUUUCCCAAGGACUAUGAGUUUCAGAAGAACGAUUUAAUCCUACUGUGGAUGGCAGAAGGAUUUUUGUCCCAAUCAGAUGACAACAAAUCAAUGGAGAGCUUGGGUAGUCAGUAUUUUGAAGAGCUCAAGUUACGGUCGUUUUUUCAACAAUCAACGCAUGAUCAAUUAGGAUAUACAAUGCAUGACCUUGUAAAUGACUUGGCCACAAGUGUUGCAGGAGAGUUGUUUUAUAGAUCCGAUGGGAUGAACAUAUCCAAAAGGAAUGAAAAUUUUGAGAAGUUCCGUUACUUUUCACUUGUAGCUCCAAAAUGGAAAUCAUACAUAAAGCUUAAGGAAUUACAAAGAGCUAAGCGCUUGCGAACGUUCUUGCCAUCAUCAAGUUCUCAAAUCGACAGUGUUGUCGUUAAAUCGCUUCAUGAACUACAGUUCCUAAGGGUGCUAAGGCUAAGUGGACCGGGAAUCACACAAGUACCACAAUCUAUUGGCAGUCUCAAGCAUCUACGGUAUCUUAAUUUUUCUUUUACUGAUAUCAGAUGUUUGCCCGAACAAGUUAGUGACCUUUAUAAUCUACAAAGCUUAUUGGUUCGUGGUUGUCGUGAGUUAUCGGACUUACCAAAAAGUUUUGCAAAGUUGAUAAACCUUCGACAUCUUGACAUAGAUGAUACUCCAAAUCUGAACAAGAUGCCCUUAGGGAUUGGUGGUCUGACAAAUCUACAAACUCUAUCCAAGGUCAUAAUUGAAGAAGCUAACGGGUUCAAAAUAACCGAUCUUAAAGGCCUAUCGGAUCUUCAGGGUGAACUUUCCAUUAUCGGGCUCGACAAAUUGAUAGAUCCAAUACAAGCAAAGGAUGCCAACUUAGAUCAAAAAAAGGGUCUUGAAGUUUUGGAGAUGAGAUGGAGCAAUGUAUUUGAUGAUUCUCGGAAUGAGAUGAUUGAAUAUGAAGUACUCAAAGAACUAAGGCCUCAUCUGAAGUUAAAAGUCCUCAAGAUUUCGAAUAACAAGGGAACACAAUUUCCUAGUUGGGUGGGUGAUCCCUCGUUUGAUCAGUUAACAGAGCUUAUGUUACGGGGUUGUAAAAGUACACACUUACCAACACUUGGAAAUCUACGGUCUCUUAAGAAACUGGUGAUCAGUUCUUGUCAUUUAAUAACGUCGCUGGCCUUCUCAAUAGUGCAGGAGCACCCAUCAUCUCUUUCCAAGAAGAUUGUCAGUGAUAGUGAUUGUGAUAACAUACCACCCAAACCCAUUCAAGCAAAUGAUUUCCGUUUUCUACCCAUGCCUCGCCUAAUAUCUCUUCAGAUCAGUUAUUGCAAGAAUCUGAAGUCUUUUCCUUUUCAAAGUCUCACAUCUUUGGAAAAACUGUUGAUACUAGAGUGUCCAAGUAUGGAGUAUUCCUUUCCUUGUGGGAUGUGGCCUCCUAAUUUAAGAAGUCUAACGAUAGGAGGCUUAAAUAAGCCGAUGUCAGAGUGGGGCCCCCAAAAUUUUCCAACCUCACUGGUUGAACUACACUUAUAUGGAAAAAAUUCAGGAGUAACUUCAUUUGCAGUGGCAGCCGAUACUACUACUCCAUCAUCAUCAUCAUCUUUUCUUCUUCCACCAUCUCUGGUUUCUCUAAGGCUCGAUUAUUUUAUGGAUGUGGAAUCAUUUUCAGAGGUCUUAAGACACCUCCCCUGCCUUAACAAACUUGAUAUUCAUUCAUGCCCGAAGAUUAGAGAUCUUAAGACAACUUCCGGCCGAUCAAAGUUGAUGAUAAGCAUGUCGCAUUGGUGA